GUACAUUUUGGAGAGUUUUUUCCUUGUUGGAACAUUAACCAGAGAAGAAGAACAACAACACAUCUCUUCUCUUUCUCCCAUUUUCUCUCAUUUUCUCUCUCUUUCUCUCCUCUUCUACAUCAAUAUCUCAUACAUUUGGCAAUAUUCCCAGGUGGGUUAUUGAGAAUUCACAGAACAAAUAAUGGGUACCUUUGAAAGUUUCAGAAAAGCCUAUGGUGCACUCAAGGACUCAACCAUGGUUGGCCUUGCCAAGGUCAACAGUGAAUUCAAGGAUUUGGAUAUUGCUAUUGUGAAGGCCACCAACCAUGUUGAAUGCCCUCCCAAGGAACGCCAUGUUCGAAAAAUAUUUUCUGCGACAUCAGUAGUGCGGCCACGUUCGGAUGUGGCCUAUUGCAUUCAUGCACUGGCAAGGAGAUUGGCAAAAACCAAAAACUGGAUUGUGGCCUUAAAGACAUUGAUAGUUAUUCAUAGAACUUUAAGGGAGGGUGAUCCUACCUUCCGAGAAGAGCUUUUAAACUAUUCAAAUAGAGGACAUGUUCUCCAGAUAUCCAAUUUCAAGGAUGAUUCAAGCCCUCUGGCUUGGGAUUGCUCAGCAUGGGUUAGAACAUAUGCCCUAUUUUUAGAGGAACGACUUGAGUGCUUUAGGGUCUUGAAAUAUGAUAUUGAAUCAGAGCGCCUGACUAAAUCUUCACAGGGGGCAACUAAGACACAUAGUCGAACACGGCAUUUGGCUAGUGAAGAUCUGUUGGAUCAGCUACCUGCAUUGCAGCAGCUUCUUUACAGACUUAUUUGUUGUCUGCCUGAAGGAGCGGCUUUUGGCAACUAUCUCAUACAGUACGCCCUGGCUCUGGUUUUGAAAGAGAGCUUUAAAAUUUAUUGUGCCAUCAAUGAUGGGAUUAUCAAUCUUGUAGACAUGUUCUUUGACAUGCCAAGACAUGAUGCAGUUAAAGCUCUCAACAUCUAUAAAAGAGCUGGCAAACAGGCUGAAAAUCUUGCAGAUUUUUAUGAAUUCUGCAAAGGCUUGGACCUUGCAAGGCACUUCCAAUUUCCAACAUUGAGACAGCCACCACCUUCAUUUCUUGCAACAAUGGAAGAAUAUAUAAAAGAAGCACCUCAGACAGGCUCUCAUUCAAAAAACUAUCAGGAUCAUCAGGAACCAGAGCCUCAGAAACCUGAUGAGCCUUCGCCUCCAGAAACUGAGAAGCAAGUAGAAGUUGAUGAAAAACCGGUGGUAGAGACACAAGAAGAACCUGAGACCAAAAAUGAGGUCGAAGCUCCCCCACUGAUUGCAACUGACACUACAGCAGAUCUUUUGGGAUUGAAUGAGAUCAAUCCAAAAGCUGCAGAACUAGAGGAAAGCAAUGCAUUGGCUCUUGCAAUAAUUCCACCUGGCAAUGAUCCAGCUUCUGCAGUGAAUAGUGGAUUGGGUGACUUUGGUGGGUUGAAUGCUUCAGGGUGGGAGCUAGCACUGGUUACCACACCAAGUCCCAAUAUCAGCCAAGCGACAGACAACAAAUUGGCUGGCGGGUUCAACAAGCUAUUACUUGAUAGCUUGUAUGAAGAUGAAGCUGCAAGGAUGAGACUACAGCAACAGAAUGCAGGGUAUGGAUUUGGAAUGACAACGCAAAAUGCUCCAAAUCCAUUUGAAGCAAAUGAUCCGUUUUCAAUGUCAAACAGCAUAGCACCAUCCACCAACGUGCAGAUGGCCUUGAUGGCUCAGCAGCAGCAGCAAAUGAUGCUGCAACAACAGCAGCAGCAGCAACUACAAUACCAGCAACAACAGUACAAACAGCAGCAAGGCAUGAUGUCCAUGUUGCCUCACCAGUAUCUGCCUCAGCACCCUCAACAACCGAUGCAGAUGCAGAAUAUGACCUCUUCUAAUCCAUUUGGAGAUCCAAUUUUUGCCCAACCUCAAAGUGCAAUGCCACAACAAGGAAACUAUGGUCUACUCUAGAGGGUUUUUUUUUUUUUUUUUCUUUUUCCUUUUAAUUUUGGUAAAUUCUUUUGUUCAUUGUAGCAGGGGAGAGGUUGGCAAGGUCAUUCUUUGAUUGCUCAGUGAAUAAUGUAUCAUUUCUUGUAUUUAAGAAAAUUGUUCAUUGAUCCUAAACCAAUGAAUUCAUUCAUUCAAAAAACUAAUGAUGCUUGGCUC